AUGUCUUCUCUUGGUGCCCUGUGGCAAAAACCCACCACCAGGCAGCUGGUGACCGGUGCAGCACUGCUGGUGCUCACCGCGUUCUACUCGCCUUUGACGGUUCUGACUUUGGCCCCUGUCUAUGGUACUCACGGUACACACGUUUUCCAUGCCUAUGGAGUUGCCAUUGUGGCCGCUGUGGGAUGGUUCAUGAAGGAUCACAUCCAGCGACUCUCCGGCCGGAAGGCGGUCUACUUCAUUCCAGUCGUGGCCUUCUGGAUUCCCACCAUUCAGACCUUCCUAUUCUCGUCGAGCUCUGUUCUGGGAAAUCCUGUCGGCCCCAUCUUCACCGAGAUAGCUGCCUACUAUCCAUUGGUCAUCCUCUCUGUCGCCUGUGCAGGCAAGCUGGUGCAGCAGGUCUGGAUCUAG